ACGGUCCCUGAACCUCCAGUUCCGCGUCGGUUUCAAGGCUCCUCCCUCCUGGUGAAAGACAGACUGCGGGGCGCCUGGAAACCGGUCCGAGGGCGCGCGCGAGAGAGGAGAGCGAGGGAGUUGAGGGAUUGACACAAAUGGUCAGGCGGCGGCGGCGGAGAAGGAGGCGGAGGCGCAGGGGGGAGUCGAGGCCGCUGGGCUGCGGAGAGUUGCACGCUCUACGGCGCCGCGGCCACUAGCGCUGCGCCGCCAGCCGGGAACCAGCGAGAGAAGGGCCAGGAAGGCGGGACGCGACCCCGGCGCGCCGGAGCCACCCGGGCUCUCCCCGCCGCCCACGCUUCAUGAAUCGCAAGUUUCCGCGGCGGCGGCGGCUGCGGGACGCGGAGCGGGAGCCGGGGGAGCGGGCUGAGCGCGGCUUGGGCUCGACGGAGGGCACCGGCGCGGAGGAGAUCUCCCCGGCCGCAGGGGGAGCCGCCGCCGGCUGCGCCACUGCCAGCCGCAGCCGGGCGGCGCCAAGAAAGGAGCCGAGAAAGUAUGGCUGAGGAGGAGGCGCCUAAGAAGUCCCGGGCCGCCGGCGGCCGCGCGAGCUGGGAACUUUAUGCCGGGGCGCUCCGGGCUGGACGGGUGGCGGAGGGGAGCGGGGACGCGGGCAGCCGCCGCCGCCGCCGCCGCCCCCCAGCUGAUUCUGGACGUUUGGCGCGCCGGCUCCUGCUACUGCUUUGGCUCCUGGAGGCGCCGCUGCUGCUGGGGGUCCGGGGGCAGGCGGUGGGCCAGGGGCCCGGUCCGGGGCAGCAGCCCCCGCCGCCGCCGCCUCAGCAGCAGCAGAGCGGGCAACAGUACAACGGCGAGAGGGGCAUCUCCAUCCCGGACCACGGCUACUGCCAGCCCAUCUCCAUACCACUGUGCACGGACAUUGCCUACAACCAGACCAUCAUGCCCAACCUUUUGGGCCACACGAACCAAGAGGAUGCGGGCCUCGAGGUGCACCAGUUCUACCCCUUGGUGAAGGUGCAGUGCUCGGCGGAACUCAAAUUCUUCCUGUGCUCCAUGUACGCGCCCGUGUGCACCGUGCUGGAGCAGGCUCUGCCGCCCUGCCGCUCCCUGUGUGAGCGCGCGCGCCAGGGCUGCGAGGCGCUCAUGAACAAGUUCGGCUUCCAGUGGCCUGACACGCUCAAGUGCGAGAAGUUCCCGGUGCACGGCGCCGGCGAGCUGUGCGUGGGCCAGAACACGUCGGACAAGGGCACCCCGACGCCCUCGUUGCUGCCGGAGUUCUGGACCAGCAACCCUCAGCACGGCGGCGGGGGGCACCGUGGCGGAGGCUUUCCGGGGGGCGCCGGCGCGUCGGAGCGAGGCAAGUUCUCGUGCCCGCGCGCCCUCAAGGUGCCCUCCUACCUCAACUACCACUUCCUGGGCGAGAAAGACUGCGGUGCGCCCUGUGAGCCGACGAAGGUGUACGGGCUCAUGUACUUUGGGCCCGAAGAGCUGCGCUUCUCGCGCACCUGGAUCGGCAUCUGGUCAGUGCUGUGCUGCGCCUCCACGCUCUUCACGGUGCUCACGUACCUGGUGGACAUGCGGCGCUUCAGCUAUCCGGAACGGCCCAUCAUCUUCCUGUCGGGCUGCUACACGGCAGUGGCCGUGGCCUACAUCGCCGGCUUCCUGCUGGAGGACCGAGUGGUGUGUAACGACAAGUUCUCCGAGGAUGGGGCGCGCACAGUGGCGCAGGGCACCAAGAAGGAGGGCUGUACCAUCCUUUUCAUGAUGCUCUACUUCUUUAGCAUGGCCAGCUCCAUCUGGUGGGUAAUUCUGUCGCUCACCUGGUUCCUGGCAGCGGGCAUGAAGUGGGGUCACGAAGCCAUCGAGGCUAACUCGCAGUAUUUUCACCUGGCCGCGUGGGCCGUGCCGGCCAUCAAGACCAUCACCAUCCUGGCGCUGGGCCAGGUGGAUGGCGACGUGCUGAGCGGGGUGUGCUUUGUGGGGCUCAACAAUGUGGACGCGCUGCGCGGCUUCGUGCUGGCGCCACUCUUCGUGUACCUGUUCAUCGGCACGUCUUUCCUGCUGGCCGGCUUCGUGUCCCUCUUCCGCAUUCGCACCAUCAUGAAGCACGACGGCACCAAGACCGAGAAGCUGGAGAAGCUCAUGGUGCGCAUCGGCGUCUUCAGCGUGCUUUACACGGUGCCAGCCACUAUCGUCAUCGCCUGCUACUUCUACGAGCAGGCCUUCCGGGACCAGUGGGAGCGCAGCUGGGUGGCCCAGAGCUGCAAGAGCUAUGCCAUCCCCUGCCCCCACCUCCAGGCGGGUGGAGGCGCCCCGCCGCACCCGCCCAUGAGCCCAGACUUCACAGUCUUCAUGAUCAAGUACCUUAUGACGCUGAUCGUGGGCAUCACGUCAGGCUUCUGGAUCUGGUCCGGCAAGACCCUCAACUCCUGGAGGAAGUUCUAUACCAGGCUCACCAACAGCAAACAGGGAGAGACCACCGUCUGAGACCCGGGGGCUCAGCCCAUUCCCAGCCGUCGGCUUCGUCCCAGCCAUCCCCAUAAAGCCGGCCCGGUGGAAGCCUUGCCAAACCUGGCUACUUGAGGCUUCCUCACUAGCCGUUCACUUUUCGCAGGCUCCUUUUUAACAGCACAGCUCCUGCAAAAGCUUCCGUCCCUGGGGGCAAACGGACUGGAGGGCCCGACUACAGCAGGGGGGAUAGACAGACCUCUCGUUCUCACACUCUGGUACCAGGACUGUACGCUUUUAUGAUUGUAAAUAGCCUGUGUAAGAUUUUUGUAAGUAUAUUUGUAUUUAAAUGACCGAUCACGCGUUUUUCUUUUUCUUUCUCCCCCCCCUCCCCUUUCUUUUGGUUUUGUUUAAAUUUUAAUUAUUUACGGCCGUUUAACCAUUUGAGGCUUUUCCUUCUUUCCCUUUUCAAAGUACUGCAGAGGUAAAACGGGAGCUCGCGGUGCUCUCGCUUGUUCUGGCGCGCCCCUCCCUGCGGCGGUCCGGGUGCGCCUGGGGCUGAGCGGCCCGGGUCACUGGCCGCCUCCUCUUUCUACUCCCCCCUUUCCCUUCAGUGCUUGGGGUCAGGUCUCUUUAGAUACAGAACUCCACGGAGCUUCCAAAUCGGGGGCGGGGGCCUCUGCCCAUCCCAGGUGUUUCCUUGUGGGGGAGGGGGGCAGAUUGUGAAGGCCUUGUCCCUUUGACUAUCCGAAACUGAAUUUUUCACCGUCCAGAGCCCCAUAGCUUCGAGGAGGCCCCCCUGGAUAUGGGCUGUGGCAGUCCCAGCCUCCCUCCACACUGGCCUCCCAAUGCCCAGGCACUCCCUCCUUCCACCUAAGUUGGUUAAAGGGUGAGUGGGAUAACCAGUGCCAAACUUGUUCAUGUCUAAUUUUUGGUGGAUGAGCUCAUUUCAUUCUCUGGUGUCUAAACCCUGGUAUGGGUUUGGCCCGCGUCAUGGAAAGAUGUGGUUGCUGAGAUUUGGGAAGAGGCAGGAAGCUUUGUGUGGGUUGGGAGAGACUGAAGAUGGGGUUUGUAAAAUGUUAAUUCUAAUUGCAUACUGAUGCCUGGAAAACUGCCUCUAGGACUGAGAGCCCGCAUUUAGAUUUUACCUUUCUAUAAAAUGGAAACAUUAGGUCACCUGGAAAGCUUUGUUAAGGAGUUGAUCUCUGCUUUCCUUACCAGGACAGCAGGACCUACGCUGAAUAGGAAAACUUGAAGGAGAUUUCGGUGUAAUGGACUUCCUCCAAAUGAAGUGCUCCUUUCUUCUUUUUAACCAAAUAAUAAUUAGACAUAUAUCAGAAACUUUACAAUGUAAAAGUUGUACACUUUCAACAUGUUAUGAUGAUGAUUAUUCAACACAUUUUGAGGGAGGAACAAUCCACAUCACUAAAAAUAACCUUGUAAGAUGCCAGGAGGUAAAGAAGGUGGAAUAAUUGAUGGGGUUAGCUCCUGAAACAAACAAAAUAUGGGCAUGCAUGGUAAAGGGAAAGUGUGUGCAGUUCUCCCGCAUUGAAUCCUGUGUGCUCCUUUUUGGAUUUACAGAAAUGUGUCAAAUGUAAAUCUUUCAAAGCCAUUUAAAAAUAUUCACUUUAGUUCUCUGAAAGAGAGGAGGAAAGCAGUCCUUCUGGUUGUAUUGUUUUAAAUUUUAAGAGUUUAUCAAAAUGCCAGUACUUAGGACCUAAAUUUAUCUAUGUCUGUCAUACCCUAAAAUGACAAUGGUCUUUGGAUUUGGUAUGCAUUUAUUCUGUUCACUAUCACAAAAUCAUCUAUAUUUAUAGAGGAAUAGAAGUUUAUAUAUAUAUAUAUAAAAUACCAUAUUUUUAAUUUCACAAAUAAACAAAUCAAAGUUUUGUACAAAA